AUGGCGCCCGGGGGUGUCCGCCCCGGCUCAACAUGCACGAUGGGCGCUGGGCGGGGAGUUCACAGACGGCUGCCUCACGUGAGGAGCUGAAAAGGGAAGCGCCGGGGGUGUCUUUUCCACCGUGAGGAUGAAAUCCCUGCUCCCCACUCUGCUGUACCUCUCGCUUGUGCUGCUGGGGCCUGGCGGGCUCCACUAAAUGAGACACUGGUGAUAAAUUUUAAUAUUACACACUUGUCAAAACACAGCACUAUUGUCGAACUGCCUGAUGAGGUACAGUUGCCUGCAGGUCACACUAAAACAGACUUCAAAGUGAAAGCAGAUGAUGUGGGACAAGUAACAGUUUAUCUUUACACCAUUAAUUCCAACUUAACUGGACCUAGGAUCCAGUUUCAGGUGAUUCACAGCAUCAUAGUGAGAUAUGCUGAUGAGGUGAUUGGCUGGAUCUAUUUCCUGGCUUGGUCCAUCUCCUUUUAUCCUCAACUCUUUGAGAACUGGCGACGGAAAAGUGUAGUUGGACUAAGCUUUGACUUUAUAGCAUUAAACCUUACUGGCUUUAUAGCAUAUAGUGUGUUUAAUGUGGGACUCUUCUGGAUUCCCUUGAUUAAGGAGGAAUUCCUAGUCAGCUACCCCAGUGGGGUGAACCCUGUGGCUAUCAAUGAUGUUUUCUUCAGUCUCCACGCAGUAGCUCUCACUCUCCUCAUCAUCAUUCAGUGCUGUAUCUAUGAGAGAGCAGCUCAGAAAGUAUCCAAGGUGGUGGUUGGACUCCUGGCACUUGCAUGGAUCUUCACCUUCACAACACUGUUUCUUGCUGCAGCUGAGGAGAUGACAUGGCUACAGUUCCUCUUCUGCUUCUCUUACAUUAAGUUAGCAGUCACACUGAUAAAGUAUUUUCCACAGGCAUACCUGAACUUCUGCCGGAAGAGUACCGAGGGAUGGAGCAUUGGAAAUGUAUUACUGGACUUCACUGGUGGAACCUUCAGCCUUCUCCAGAUGUUUCUACAGUCAUACAAUAAUGAUCAGUGGAAGUUAAUCUUUGGAGAUCCAACCAAAUUUGGCCUGGGUGUCUUCUCCAUCAUCUUUGAUAUUGUUUUUAUGGUCCAGCACUACUGCCUUUAUAGGAGACAAGGAUAUGAACCUUGUGAAUAA